AUGGCAACCUCUCCGGCCACCUAUAACGUUUCGGCCACCAAUACUACAUGGGCCACGGAAGACACUGUGAUACCAUGGGAAAGAAUUGUCAUCGGAAUAUUUAUGUAUGCUGUUAUUCUUGUUACAAUCUUUGGAAAUUUGCUGGUACUUACAGCUGUGGCUAAAAACAAAAAUCUACAGACAGUCUUCAAUUUUUACGUGAUAAAUUUGGCUGUGACAGACACAUUGGUCGCAGUGACGGCUAUGAUAUCUUACACAACAGAAAUUGUUUUGGGAUAUUGGCCAUUCGGAGAGUUUUGGUGUGGUGUAUGGAUAUUUUUUGAUUAUGGAAUGACAUUCGCGUCCGUUUUCACUCUACUUGUCAUCUCUAUAGACAGGUUCUGGUCCGUAACCUGGACUGUCCACUACAGAGUGCAUCAUAACACCAGGAAAUGCGUUCGUCUCAUCAUGGCUGUCUGGGUUGUUACCGUACUGUUGUGGCUUCCUCCGUGUAUCCUGGAUAGGAUUAACAAUUCCGUGCCUUACCAGUGUGUUUGGGAACCCUCCAAAAACAAGGAGUUUGUGAUUGUCAUAGCAACCAUCGGCCAUCAUGGAUCAUUCGUCGUUAUGUUGCUGUGUUACAUGCGAGUCUUCAUUGUUGUUUUAAACCGGAAGAAGGUUGGUGCCACAUAUCAACAUCCAAGUCCGGAUAUAGUGAAGAAAACAACAAAUUUGGUGAAAAUUUACGCUAAAUCAGAUACUGAAAUAAAUCUGUCUGAUCAGUCAUCCGAAAAGGCUGCGAAAUCAUUAUCGGCGGAAAAAGUUGGUGAAAGUAAACUAGGACCGGAAGUGACGAGUAAUCCAAAAAUUCCUUGGAGAAGUGACCCAUAUCUCAAACCAGAGUCGUGUAAAACAUUACUGGAAAAGAACGACAAGAAGGUGUAUGUUUCUAACGUUACCAUAACAACAGCAGCAUCGGGAGCACUUGAUACAGAUCUAGACAGCCACACAAGUGACAUCCCUUCAAAAAAUGAUAAUGAAAAGCAAUAUACAAAGGACAGAGGUCAUUCCAAGAAAAGGAAACAAAAAGAGGACAGAAAAUAUGAACGAAACGAAAGGAAAGUUUUCAAGACCCUUACCUAUAUUUUAGUUGGCUAUGUGAUUUGUUGGCUUCCGUUCCACGUGGUAUUUGACGUCAGGUCUGCUUUACCGGAAGCAGUCCCGCCACUUGUUUAUAAUAUAAUGUUUUGGUUGUCGUACAUGAACUCCACGAUAAACCCGUUUCUCUAUAACUUUAGCAGUGCAGAAUUCCGGGCCGCUUCAAAGGCCCUUUUAUGUAGAAAACAUCGUUCUUAG